AUGAAACGCACAGUGAGAAGGACUCAGAGAAAUUCCGACGCGAUUUUAUGGCUAUUCCCGUGCACGUCCGUGCUCGAAUUUGAAGAUGUGGUUGUCCCUCUCUUUAACCUGAGCAUGUUUUUGAACCCUUUUCAUACUACGGUCGCGAACAUUCCACAUAGCAUGUUACCCGGCCCUACUCCAGUUCAACCCGUUCCCCCCGAGUACUACUUCCUUCACUUCGACUUGUGCGCCAAGUUCAACAUCCAGUUCAACGACGUGCCACGGAUCACCAAAGAGGAACUGACGAGGAUGCUUUUUUACCACACCGUAUGGGAAUUGGGAUACAGAGGACUCGGACAACUCGGUGUUGUGUCCACUGCCCAAUUCAAGGCACAAAUUGGGCUUCUCGCUGAGGAUGAAGAGGCAGUGGUGUUUGAUCGUGAAUUUGACCCUGGGCCACUUUCUGAAAAAAUUAUUUAUGAUAUUCAGGUUGAUCACGCCUUAGACACAUUUUGGGGGUUUGCUAUAUAG